GACAGAUAGAAGGAAACACAAAAGCCCAGAUGAAGUAACAGAAAAAGAGAGAGAGAGCGGGACUCAUCAUCUGUUACAAAUGUUGCACAUGGAUAUUGGAGGGGGUUAGACUAUGUUGCGUUUAGCACGCUCUCUCAGCUGGGUGUUCAUCUCAAUCUGUAGCACAAUAUCCUCAGGUCUGGACCCUUGGAUGAGGGUCACUUGCCAGAGGACAUUUUUUUUUCUCUCUUUCUUUUUUAUACUUCCUUUUUGGGCAGAAGGCUGGUGUAAUAGAAACCAGACACAAGGCAGUACGUGAGGCAUCCACCGCGACGAGACAUCACAUCUUCACAGAGUAAGAUAACAGGAUUUAGAAAGAAAUUCUAGUUCAAUAGGUUUAGUUAGUUUCUGUUAAUGUGGAAGUUUUUGAAAAGGACUGGGAAGGCCAGUGGAUCAGGCGAGAGGAGGUUUUCCAUGGAUCAAAGUGUGCAGGGAUUAUCUAGGAAGGGCAAAGGAGAACUUCAGAAUGGGAAAUAUAUCUGCAACUUUUUCAGGUUUUAGUUAGAAAACCUAMAGAAGCAACAUGAGCUGGAGCUUUCUCACUCGCCUCCUGGAGGAGAUCCACAACCACUCCACCUUUGUGGGGAAAGUGUGGCUGACGGUGCUCAUCAUCUUUCGCAUYGUGCUCACAGCAGUCGGAGGUGAGUCCAUCUACUCCGAUGAGCAGACCAAGUUCACCUGCAACACCAAGCAGCCAGGCUGUGACAACGUGUGCUACGAUGCCUUCGCUCCCCUCUCGCAUGUUCGCUUCUGGGUYUUCCAGAUCAUCAUGAUCUCCACUCCCUCCAUCAUGUACAUGGGCUACGCCAUCCACAAGAUCGCUCGAAGUUCAGAGGAGGAACGCCGGAAGCACCUGAGACUCCGCAGAAAGCCACACCCACACACGAGAUGGAGAGAGAGCCACCAUCUGGAGAGUGGCUUGGAGGGGGAGGAAGAYGACGAAGCGGAGCCCAUGAUCUACGAGGAAACGCGGGAGGUGCAGGAGGCCAAACCUGCGCCAGCGAGCAUCACUAAUAAAGAUAUGCCAAAACAUGAUGGCCGCAAAAAAAUUAUGCAACAAGGCCUGAUGAGAAUUUAUGUUCUCCAGCUUAUGUCAAGAGCUAUUUUUGAAAUUGCUUUCCUUGCUGGACAGUAUCUACUCUACGGUUUUCGAGUUAAUCCCUCAUUCGUGUGCAACAGGGUACCCUGCCCACACAGAGUGGACUGUUUCAUCUCCAGGCCCACAGAGAAAACUAUCUUUCUKUUAAUUAUGUAUGUAGUGAGCUGUCUUUGUCUUGUGCUGAAUGUGUGUGAGAUGCUUCACUUGGGAAUCGGCACUUUUCGAGACACACUUCACUCAAAGAGGAACCGYAGUCGACGUUCUCUGGCUUACGGCUACCCAUUUUCUCGCAACAUCACAGCGUCGCCACCUGGGUACAACCUUGUGGUGAAAACAGAUGAGCCUAGUCGGAUCCCUAACAGCCUCAUGACUCAUGAGCAAAACAUGGCCAACGUGGCCCAGGAGCAGCAGUGCACCAGCCCAGACGAGAACAUCCCGUCUGACCUCGCAAGUUUGCACCGGCACCUGCGUGUWGCACAGGAGCAGCUCGAUUUGGCCUUUCAAACAUAUCAAACCAAAACCACYCAAGAAACCUCGAGAACCAGCAGUCCUGUUUCAGGGGGCACUAUGGCAGAGCAAAACCGAGCCAAUACAGUCCAGGAAAAACAAGGAGCGAGGCCGAGAUCAGCCACGGACAAAGCUGCAACUAUUGUGAAAAAUGUAAAGACCUCUGUAUGGAUAUAGGAAUUAAUCUGUUCUACUGAACUGACAAAUCUUUGAAGUAUCCUAAAAUACACAACUGGGAAAAAUUCAACUUUGGAUAAAAAAAGCACCUGAGAUUUCAUUAACCGCAGAAAUAAAAUACAAUAAAGGAAAUCUCCAUGAAUAAACGAGAACAAGGUCAAAUAAAAUGUCACAAACCUCUGUUAUUGUAAUAGGUCACUAUAGAUGUUGGAUUUAGUUAACACCUGCCUAGUUUAGCAUCAUGAUUUACAGCAAAAUUUCAAGACAAACUAUUUGUCAUCAACAGAAAAGGGAUUCACUGGAGUUUGAACUUUGAGAAUGUGCGAUUGUAUGAGUAAAACAUUAGAAAUGCAGAUUGACUUGUUUCUUAAAAAUGUCAAUUAUUGAUAGAAACAUGCAUGUUUUAUAUUUUAAGAAGUAUUUUUGUGUGCAGAAUAAAGCUAAAUGUUAGAUAUUUUAUAGCAAUAAYGAGACAGGGCUGUGUUACUGAAGUCUUUUUCUGGUAAACUUCUGCCCAGUCAAUGUAUGCAAAGCCUUUAUCAGUGCCACUGUUUCCAAACCCUCACAAUGUCAUAUAAAUGCAGUAAGUAGCCUACAUUAAAAAAAAAUCUGACUUUUUUUUAAGGCAGUGCAGUGGUUGGUGCUGUUUCAUCUCAGCGAGAAGGUUGCACAAUCGCCUCCUGGACUGGGGCCUUUCUGGAUGGAGUUUGCUUGUUCUUCCCAUGCUCAUGUGGGUUUUCUCACACAGACCAAAAAUGUUAGGUUCACUGGUAACUCUUGUUCCUGGGUGUGGCAUGUGAGAGUGUGAAUGGGUUUUUGUCUUGUUUCUAUGUGGUCCUGUGUCCACCUCUUAGUCUCUUAGACUGCUGAAGACAGGCACCAGCUUCCCAUGACCCAGAAAGGAGAAGUGGGUAAAUAACAUGUAUGAACAAAAGGACAYAGUUACAUGGUUUACAAAUGGUGAGAUACAGUACACACAGGGUAGUAAAAUCACUAUAGUUGUA